CUGAGAGCUGAGUCCUAUCUCCUCCGUGUCCUGUUCCGGAACACUUUACUCCAAGCAAUCCUCAUUCCUUUGAUCGUAUUCUUGACGCUCUUUCAUCAAGGUGAUUUGUGAGCUGUUGUGUCUUCUGGUGAAAUAAUGUUCAGCUCUGCCUUCAAAGCUGAUCGCCUUCGGGUUAAUUUGCAACUGGCUAUCAAUCGCUUAAAAGUCUUGGAAAAAAAGAAAACCGAGCAGACCCAGAAAGCAAGGAAGGAGAUCGCUGACUAUCUGGCUGCUGGGAAGGAUGAGCGAGCCCGGAUCCGCGUGGAGCAUGUAAUCCGGGAAGACUACCUGGUGGAGGCCAUGGAGAUCCUGGAGCUGUACUGUGACCUGCUGCUGGCUCGGUUCAGCUUGAUUCACGCCACAAAGCAACUAGAUCCCGGUCUGGCCGAAUCCGUUUCUACACUAAUCUGGGCAGCUCCUCGACUUCAGUCAGAAGUGCCUGAGUUAAAAAUAGUUUCCAAUCAGCUGUGUGCAAAAUACAGCCAACAGUAUGGCCAACUGUGUCAAACCAAUGAGAUCGGAACUGUCAACUCUCAGCUGAUGUGUAAAUUAAAUCUCACUACUCUACCCCCGACUCUAGUGGAAGAGUACCUGACAGAAAUUGCUAAGAACUACAAUGUGCCCUAUAAACAUAAGGCAGCCAUUGUGGCUAAAGCCCCAGCAGACCUGGAUGGAACUGGAUUGACUGAGGAUGUUGAGAAAGAUGCCCUUGGCAAAGAACACGGGACUGUGGCAGGAGCUGGUGAUCCACUUGAGGUGUCAGCAUCUGCACUGGGGCCUUUGCCUGGGCCAUCUCCUUGUUUGCCAUCCUUUCCUCUUGAAAGACAGAAUAACGACGGUAAGAAGGAUGAUUCCCUCCCUCCACUGGCUCCUUACCCAGGACUCAGCCCCCCAACUUCUCAUAAACCAGAAUCUGGAGCCCAGAUUGGUUUCGAUAAGUUCAUGCUGCCCGAAUUGUCUGGUGUAAAGCCUCAAGCAAGCCUAUUCAUUGACCCCUAUGAUUCUGAAGAGGUUGACUUUGAAGAUCUUAACCGAAGACUUGAAAUGCUGAAGAAAACAAUGUAAUUCCUCAGUUCUGGACUGAGAGCAUUUGCCUGGGAAUCAGGCUCCUGGAUGUGAAUUUUAACAUGGACCCUGUGUGUCAGUCUGAAGUUUUCUUAUUCACAAUUCCUUCCAUUUCUUACAUUCUAUGGUUCUCUACCUACUGAAAUAGUAUGUGUGUAUGUAUCUGUACAUACACAUAUAAUUACUCCUGUCCCAAGUUUUCUUUAAUUUUGAGAAGAUUCUUUGAUUCUUGACCCGUAGAGCCUUAUUAAUCAUAGUCAGUGAAUUUUUGUUUUCUUCUAGAUCCUUAUUUCUCUUGUAAUUAUCCUUUUUCCAGGGAGGCAAAAUGGUGUGAACUUAAAUUGUAUCUUUAUACUUACCAGCUGUACUUUUGGUAUAUAAUACCUCCUGUCAAAUGUGGGGGGGAGGGGGCGGCGCUGUGGCAUAGCAGGUGGAGCCAUCACCUGCCGUGCCGGCAUCCCAUGUGGGUGCCAGUUCAAGUCCUGGCUGCCCCACUUCUGAUCCAGCUCUCUGCUAUGGCCUGGGAAAGCAGUGGAAGAUGGCUCAAGUGCUGCACUUGUGUGGGAAGACGUGGAAGAAGUUCCUGGCUCCUGGCUUUGGAUCAGCUCUGCUCUGGCCAUUGCAGCAAAUUGAGGAGUGAACCAUUGGAUGGAAGACCUCUCUCUCUCUCUGCCUCUCCUUCUCUCUCUGUGUAACUCUGACUCUCAAAUAAAUAAAAUAUAUCUUUAAAAAAUAAAAA